CUGACCGUCCAUACCAACAUUAUGCCACCCACGAUGAAGAAAGAGCAACUCGAUCUAUGGCAUUUGGCCACCAUCCCCCUAUAAAUAGCAACCCCACAUACAACCUCUCCCACCACCCAUCAAACACCUCUUCAAUCUCUUCCUCUACUUCACUUUCUGCACACUCGAUUCGAAACAUACACUCAAACACCACCGCCAGAUAUCCAUAUGGCUGAAGAGAAGCGCCACCACGGCCUCUUCCACCACCACAAGGAUGAUGAAGAGAAGCCCGUUGAUAAUGUCUACUCCGAGACUGGUAAUUACUCCACUGAUGGCCCUGGUGGCUAUAACCGUCCUGAGACCACUGAUUACUCCGGUUCUGACCGCCCCGGUGGGUACUCCGACACCACUGGUUACUCUGGUGAUCGUCCUGGUGGCUUCAACGAGACCAAUGCUUACUCUGGUGAUCGCCCUGGUGGCUUCAAAGAGACCAAUGCUUACUCCGGCGAUCGCCCAGGUGGAUACAGUGAGACCACUGCUUACACCGAUUCUGAUCGCCCGGGUGGGUACAAAGACACCACUGACUAUCCCGAUUCUGACCGCCCGGCUGGGUACAAGGACACCAACGAGGAAGACGUUGACUACGACAAGGAAAAGAAGCACCACAAGCAUCUCGAGGAGCUUGGCGGGCUCGGUGCUGCCGCCGCUGGUGCUUAUGCCUUGUAUGAGAAGCAUGAGGCAAAGAAAGACCCAGAGAAUGCACACAGGCAUAAGAUAGCAGAGGAGGUUGCAGCAGUGGCUGCAGUUGGAUCUGGUGGAUUUGCCUUCCAUGAGCACCAUGAGAAGAAGGAGGCUAAGGAAGAGGAGGAAGAGGCUCAAGGAAAGAAGCACCACCACCUUUUUGGUUAAAAAAAAGAAAAAGAAAGGCCGAUCCUUGAUCAUGAUCUGUUCCGAGUGUCUUCAUGAACUAUAUAUGCGUGUUUUUAAUUAUUUUGUCUUGCAUUUAGAUAUAUAUGCCAACCAGUACUAUCUAUCUAU